UUGACAGUACACAUUCAUAAACAGCCGUUUCUUGCUUCUUCUGUUUUCCUCCACCAAAUCGAUCUCCUCUCUCUCAUUCCUCUCUCUCGACCUUGUCUGCAAUUGCCUGCCGCUGCUAGCCCUUUCUUCUUCACUUCGUAUUCCCUGAAUUCACAAUUCCCAAAUUCGUCUCGGCGAGAGGAGUUAAUCACCGAAAGCGAAGAACAGAAAAGGAUGUUAAGAGGGAAGAAGAUGAAGCAGCGCUUCACCUUCUUCUUCUUCUGCUCUUGAGAUUCAUGGCCACUUCUCAGCACCGCUGCGUUUUUGUGGGGAAUAUACCUUACGAUGCCACUGAGGAACAGCUUGUAGAAAUCUGCCAGGAGGUUGGUCCUGUUGUAUCUUUCAGACUAGUCAUUGAUAGAGAGACCGGGAAACCAAAAGGUUAUGGGUUUUGCGAAUACAAGGAUGAAGAGACUGCUCUAAGUGCUCGUCGCAAUCUUCAGGGUUAUGAAAUCAAUGGCCGGCAAUUACGAGUUGAUUUUGCUGAAAAUGACAAAGGCACUGACAGAAGUCGAGAACAGGGUCGUGGUGGACCAGGACUGACUGCUAAUGUUGACCCCCAUAAGCAAGUAGGGGGACCAUCUGUUCAUGCAGAAUCUCUUCAACAUCAGCCAAUUGGUCUCCAUAUUGCUAUUACUGCUGCUACGGUCAUGGCAGGAGCUCUAGGUGGUGCUCAGGCUGGUUUGCAGUCAGCUCAAAGUGGCUUGCAGAAUCAAUUGGCACCACCAAAUGAUCCCUUGACACUUCAUCUGGCCAAAAUGUCUAGGGGUCAGUUGAAUCAAAUUAUGGCGGAACUCAGGGUAAUGGCUAUACAAAACAAAGAACUAGCUCGUCAACUAUUGCUUGCAAGGCCGCAGUUGCCAAAAGCCCUCUUCCAGGCACAAAUAAUGCUUGGAAUGGUGAGCCCACAGAUGUUGCAGAUGCCAAAUAUCAGGCAAGCUUCAGGUCAUACCUCACAGCCUCCAUUCAACGAGGCCUUGCAGUCUGGGUUGGUGCCCAAUGUGCAAGAAGGCCAAUUUUCUGCUGUACCUCAAAAUCCAUUGGUUAGAAGCCAGUUUUCUGCACCCCAACAGCAACCCACGCAGCCUCGAAUGCAGCUUCCACAACAUGCAAACCACCAUGUUUUGCAACAGGCCUCAUUGCUGGGGCAAUCGGGAGUUCCAACACUUCCUCCCAUACACCCUCAGUCUUCAAGUGGUUUGUCCAUUCGACCCCAAACUCAGCUUACAAAUUCUUCUAGUUCAAACCAGAAAAUGCAGCCUUCUUUACUACAGCACCCGGGUCAGGUUGGACGUGCAAAUUUUGGGCAUAACAUGCAGAUGGUUAAUCCAAUUGCUACUGUACAGCAUUCUUCUUUACCUCGUCCUCUGUCUGAAGUCAGCUCCCAGCCUGGUUCUUCAAUGUCUUCGGGAAUCAACAAGGACGCUGAUAGAUCCUUUCAAAUGGUUAACGAUUCUGUAGAAUCAGUCAAGCGUUCUUCAAAGCUAAUGAAAUUGGAUGAUGGAAGGGGUAGCUCUUUGUCAAGAGUGGGUCUUAAUGUGCCUAAUGCCAAUGGGUCUGUAUUGCCCCAUGCUUUGCCUGCGAAACCUGUUCAUAAGUCAGAAGAAGUACAGCACUCUGAGAAACAGAUUUCUCAGGUAAUGUCUUCCCAGUCUGAGCUUCCCCCUGGGGUGGAGUCUGCUCUACUACAACAAGUUUUGAGCCUAACACCGGAAAAACUGAGUUCAUUGUCUCCGGAACAGCAACAAGAAGUAAUAAAGCUCCAACAGAUGCUUCGGCGAGAUCAGAUUCAGCCAUUGUAGCAGAGUCAUAAAUGGCAGUUUCGAUGCAGCAAGUUGUUACAUGUGCAGGUACCAACUUGCUUGCUAGAGCAACAAAAGGCGUGGUAUUGAUUCAAUCAAUUUUGAUUGUUUGUAAGCAGUAUGUUCACGUAAGGAGUCGAUUCAGAGGUUCUGCAGUGCAGGAGUACUAUAGUAUAGUUUGUAUUCGUGCAGCCUACACAAAGCUUGUGUUUUAGUCUAGUCAGUAAAUUAGUUAGAAUAGCAAAAUUUUGUCUGUAUCACAAACAUUUAAAUCUACGUUCCCUCAGCUAAAAUUUGUUGCUUCACUUUUGGCAAUCCUUUGCUCCAAACAGUUGUGUACUUUGCUUGAGUCGUUUCGUCUACUAAAGCUUCAUGGAUCGCUUCA